GCACGGAUUCUGGGCGACUCUGCGUAGCCAGAGAGCCCCAUGAGCUCGGGUGGCCGAAGUUCCUUCGUGAGGACGGCGGGUGACCCCGGAGGCCCAAACGGAGAGUGUGCGGCCAGGGCUGGCGGGACCCGGCGGGCGGCUCAGAAUCCAUCUCCAGGACUGUGUCUUCUCUGCUGUGUGAGGCCCAAGUGGCUCUGGCUCAGGUCUAUCUCUUUUUGACCUGCAGGUGCUAUGAGGUCCACAGGAAGGAUGUCAGGACUCCCCAGAAGGCAGGAAAUGACCUCAGUGUUCUUUGAAGAUGUGGCUGUGAACUUCACCCAGGAGGAGUGGGCUUUGCUGGAUCCUUCCCAAAAGAAUCUCUACAGAGAUGUGAUGCAGGAAGUCCUUAGAAACCUGGCUUCUAUAGGAUUCAGAUGGGAGAACCAAAGUGCUGAAGAUCAGAACACAAAUCCUGGGAUAGAUCUAAGGCACAUCAUAUCUCUCUCUGCAAACAAACCACAUGAGGAUGAGGAGUGUGGAGGAAAGCCAUAUGAAUUUAAACAGAACAAAAAAUCCUUUAUUUCUCUCACAAAUGUUCAAAGACACGUGUCAGAGUGCACUGUAAAUGGAUCGUAUGGAUGUUUGACAUGUGGAAAAGAGUUUAUUUGUUCCAGGUGUAUUGAAAAAUCUCGACGAUCUCAUACUAGAGAGAAGAUAUAUGGAGGCAAGCAAUGUGGGAAAGCGUUCAGUACUUCAAAUUAUCUUCAGUUACAUGUACAAACUCACACUGGAGAGACGGCUUACAGAUGUAAACAAUGUGGAAAUGCAUUCAUUAGUGUGGCUAAUCUUAAAGUACGUGAAGAAUCUCAUAAUGAGGAGAUUAUGAGUUGUAAACAAUGUGGAAAAGCCUUCAGUUGUUCCAGUUCCCUUCAAAAACAUGAACAAACUUAUGCUGGAGAGAACCCUAAUCCAUGUGAACAAGGUGGGAAAGCCUUUUUUAUAUCCUCUAAGCUAUACACACAAGAACAAACACAUAGAGGAAAGAAGCUAUAUGAAUGUAAACAAUGUGGAAAAGCCUUCACUAGUUCUUCUUAUCUUCAGAUUCAUAAACGAACUCAUACAGGAGAGCUCAAUGAAUGUAAACAAUGUGGUAAAGCCUACACUACUUCAUCUUACCUUCAGAUACAUAAAAGAACUCAUACUGGAUUGAAGCCCUAUGAAUGUAAGCAGUGUGGCAAAGCCUUCACUCAGUCCAGUCACCUUCAAAUACAUAAAAGAACUCAUGCAGUAAAGAAGCCCUAUGAAUGUAAACAAUGUGGGAAAUCCCUCUGUAGUUUUUCUUACCUUCAAAUACAUGAACGAACUCAUACUGGAGAGAAGCCCUAUAAAUGUAAACAAUGUGGAAAAGCCUUCACUUUUUCUAGUCCCCUUAAAGUGCAUGAACGAACUCAUACUGGAGAGAAGCCCUAUCAGUGUGAACAAUGUGGGAAAGCCUUUGCUACAUCUAGUGACCUUCAUGCACAUGAACGAACUCAUACAGGAAGAAAGCCCUAUGAAUGUAAACAAUGUGGAAAAGCCUACAGUAGUUCUACUUGCCUUAAAAUACAUGAAAGGACUCAUACUGGAGAGAAGCCCUAUGACUGUAAGCAGUGUGGCAAAGCCUUUACCCAGUCCAGUCACCUUCACUCACAUGAACGAACUCAUAGAGGAAAGAAGGCCAAUGUGGGUAAACAAUCUGGUAAAGCCUUCAGUUGUUCCACUUAUCUUCCUGUGCAUGAAAAGCCUCACACUGGAGAUAAGCCGUAUCAAUGUAAAUAGUAUGGUAAAAUUUUCAUUUUUUUCCCUUUUCCUUUGAAUACAUGAACUAUCUCUGUGGAGAAAGGCCCUAUAAGUAUAAAUUGAUGACCUUGGUAAAGCCUUCACUAGUUUGACUUAUUAUGAAAGAUAUGAAAAAUCUCAUACUGGGGAAAAACUUUAUGGAUGUAAACAAUGUGGGAAAGCCUUCACUUAUACCUUUGGGCUUUGUGUACAUAAAAAUAUUUAUACAGGGGACGACCCUAUGAAUGUAAAUGGUGUGUUAAAUCCUUCACUGAUUGUGCUUAUUUUCAUGUUGUGAAUGAACUCAUACUGGGAAGAGGCCUCAGGAAUGUAAACAAUGUGGUGCAACAUUUCCUUAUUCCAAUUCAUUUUGAAAAACACUAGGGAACACACACUUGAGAGAGAUUGUAUGAAUGUGAGCAAUCUGGAAAAACAUUCAAGAUUUCCACUCACCUUCAAGUGUAUAAAUGCACACAUACUACAAAGAAACCUUAUAAAUAUAAGCAAUGAAGGAAAGGUUUCAUGUAUUCUUAUCAGAUUCCAAUCAUAAAUUCACACUGGAUAGAAGCCUUAUGAAUGUCAACAAUAUGUGACAGCCUUCAAUUGAUCUUCCUACCUUCAAAUACAAGAACAAAUGCUGGUUAGAAGCCCUUCAAGUAUAAACAAUGUAGAAAAGCCUUUAUUUGUGGCAGUUACGACAUGAAAUAACUCACAUAGGAUCAAAGCUAUACUAAUAUAACAAAACUAUACUAGUAUAAACAAUCAGAAAUACCUUCUUUCCUUACUCCUAAUAAGUAUUAAAUAAAUGGUAAUGUAGAAA